CCCUUGCGUCCCGUCUCCAUGGAAACACUAACAAACAUGGCAGAUUAACUUUGAGAAAAAGUACAUUGAGAAGAUUUCUUGCCAAAAGAAGAAAAGCUGAGCUGAGUGAGGUGAAAUGGACGCAGAAGACAGGCGGAGUGUAUCUGAUGUGGCGUCAGACAGCUGUGGACUGAUGGAUGUUCACCUCAGGACUGAUGAGGACAUUGAGGCUGUAGGUCCAGGCAAGAAGUCCUUUGAAGAUGAAGAGCCAGCCCUUCCUCCUGAUUUCGAGUGGUUAGAAGAGUUGUAUGAAGAGGACGACGGUGAUGGUGAUGGCGACCUUGCGGUUGCGGCCGACAACGCUAAGAAGAGGAGUUAUGCCGAGACAGCACGGAUGUUCAAGCUGAGACGAAACCUGGACCAGCUGGACUGUUUUCACCGACAGAAGGAGCAUGCCGUGCUGAAAGCCAGAGAAGAGCUUAAACUCGCUCGUCAGCACAUUGAAAGUUUGUUGGAGCAGAGGGAUAACUUGGAGAAAGAGAUAGAGCGACAGAAAGCAGCGGACAACAGUGUGGCAGUGUUUCGUUUGCGAGCCCAGCAUAAGAGGCUGUGUGAGGAGCUGCGGAGUGAUGAGGAGAUGGAGGCCCACAUCAACACCGAGCUGAGGCAACAAGAGCUGAAGCUGAGUGAGGUGGAGGUGGAGCUUGGCAGGUUCUCCUCACUCCGACAGGAGGUGCAGGAGGAGGAACGGAUCUUCCAGGUCCUUAAGGCUCAGAAGGCAGCGACAAGGCUGCAGCAGGAGAGGAAAGCCAGCCAGAACCUGCAGCUCAAGAUGCAGCAUCUCAGGAAUAAACAGGCAGCCAUGCUGAAGAAAGAAGAGACUAAAUGUCAGCCGAAAAUUGAAGAGGGCCUGGUGAACCGCAAGAUAGCUGCCAAGUACUUGAAAGAGACCAUUAGAAGGAUGCAUCAGCAAGAAGCCGAGAAGGAGCAGCAGAGCAGGGAGUUACUGGAAAAGAGGAUACAGGCUGUCAAGUCACUGAAAUCUAACAUUGCAGCCACCCAAGAGAACUUACGGGUCCAACAAAGCAGAGCCAAAGCAAACGCCCAGAAGAAAGAGCAGCAACUGAGACAACUAAGAGAAUCCCUGCAGGCUCAAGGCAUCAACAGUAUCAGGCACAUGUACCAACAGAAACAACUAGAGGAGAUAAAACGAAAACAAGAGGAAUUCGAGGAGAGGCAGAAGUCAAAGAGAGUGGAGAUUGUAGACAAAAUCCUAAAGGAGGAACAGCUGGUAAAGAGGAGAACCAAGCAGGCAAUGCUGCCUAAACCCUCAGCCACUGACAAGAUCCCAUCUCGGGGGAGGGCAAGAGAGAAGCUCCUGUACUACCUGGAUCCCAACACCCCAUCAGCCACAGAGGAGAGAGCCACAAUCCAGUUAAAAGAGUUCAGCGACAUCAGCAGCUCAUCAUCAGCUUCCUCUGAUCACGAGGAUCUGGAGGAAACCAUCCAACAGGAAGUGGACCACCACAGCCUUGGUGACAGCCUGGCUGAGCCUGAGUUCUCUGGGCUGUGGGACCAGAGCGACAAGAUGCUCCUGAAUGAGAAGACUAUGUUAAUGCAGGCAGAAGUAAAGCAAGAGGAACCUGCAACGGCCAGCGGAAAGCUCAACAUGCCUACUAAAAAAGUUUGCGGGAAAGAGAUGAAAGGUCCUCCAUUCAUCAGUAAACCUGAGGUCAUCGUCUUCAAGGACUUUGAGGUGGGGAAAACAUAUAAGAAGAAAAUCAUCCUGACUAACAUCAGCUACAUCAUUAACCACUGCAAGCUCAUCGGGGUCUCUGCUCAACUGAAGGAUUUUAUCUCCAUCAACUUUGAUCCUCCUGGUUUUUUAUCUCCUGGGAUGUCCUGUGACAUACAGGCUGUAUUUCAACCUAUGAUCAAUGAGGACCUGGAGGGAGAGGUCCAGUUUACAUCGGCAAUGGGUUCCUUCACUGUGCCUGUCAGGUGCACCACAAAGAAAUGUGAUCUGGAGGUUGACAGCCAGUUUAUUGACUUCGGUUCACAUGUGGUGGGCCAGACUAUUUUGCGGACUAUCACCUUGACUAACAAGGGUGCGCUGGCCACCCUCUUCAGCCUGGACACCUCAGCAUGUCUCAGUCCAGAAACUAGCCAUGUUCAGAUGCCAUCCCAGGUCUCUGCUAACACAUGCCAGGAGACGAGCAGUCAAAACACAACAUCUGACAACCAGAAAAGCUCUGCAUCCACAGGCACCGGAGAAGUCCAACUACAGCAAGACGGUCAGGAGCUCUCUGAGGCAUCACAGAAUGACCAACCAGUGUCAGAGGCUUCAGCUACAGGUCCAGGAGCGAUUCCUGAGGCUUGUGUGUCCUCUGAUGUGGAUGCUCAGAUAAAUGAGAGCCCAUCAGACUCCAGUGACAUAAAUCUAGGGAAUGUAAGAGAAGGAGAGGUUGGACCUUUUGAAAGCAUCAAACUGGAGAUUGUUUUCACUCCAACUAUUCCAGGAGAGGCCAGACUGGACUUCCACAUCAAAUUCUCUGACGUAACCAGCAAACCAAUACCCAUCAAGGUGAAAGGUGUGGCAGUUAGCUUCCCUGUAUGGGUGGUUCAGUCGAGCAUUGACCUGAAGAUCUGCAUGUUUGACCGUCUCUAUCAAGACAGUAUCAUGGUCCAAAGCAGUGCCAGCACAGCCUUGAAGCUGAACUUUGAGGUGUGCCCGGAAAUGAGGAAACACAUGGAGAUCCUACCAAAGACAGGCUUCAUCCAGGCUCAAUCAAGCUUUAAUGCCCAACUCAAGUUCCUGCCGAGACGCUCCUUAUCCAAAGAUGCAAAGACGUUUUUUGACACAGAUACAGGAGUCCUGGAGGUCCCAAUGACAGUGCAAGUAGCAGGCCAGGUGCAGCUGGUCCAUUUCACAGUCCAAGCAGUUAUGACCUCCUCAGACCUGCAGUUUGACCGGACUGAGGUAGACUUUGGCUACUGUUCCAUUCACCAGUCCAUCAGGAGCAGUGUUCGCCUUACCAACAUGUCCCUGCUGCCUCAGGACUUUGGCUUCCUGGGUGUUCCAGAGUUUAUGGAAGUCCAACCUAACGAUGGCUUUGGCACUCUUCUCCCACAAGAGACCCUGGAGAUUGAUCUGAUUUUCAGUGCCAGCAAGGCCAAAGAGUACAAUUUCCAGCUCAGCUGCAAGUCUGGAAUUAACAGAGUUUUUCUUCUGUCUUGCCGAGCAGUGGGUGUCCGCCCUCCACUGGAGCUCUCCCAUUCUCUGGUCAAGUUUGGGGCCACAGCGGUUGGUGACCACUCCACCGCUCUACUUCACCUGAUUAACCAUCACACUGACGGUAACCAGUCCAAACAACCAGCCCCUCUUGGGGUCAGAGAGGCCAUGGCUCCAGUAGCACCCAGGCUGUUCUGCUUCACCCCACCCCAGGAUUCAGACAUCAGGAUCACUCCUUCUGCAGGACGCCUGCUGGGUGGAGAGAGAUGUCUGGUCCAGGUGACGUUCAGACCCAGACUGUCGGACCAGGAGAUCAAAGACGAGGCACUGCGUCUCCUCCAUCGAGCCAAGUUGCUCCGUGAGAAGGAGUUGGAGAGGAACCGACAAGCUGAAGAGGAGAUAAAAAAGGAGAUCCCAGUGGAAACCAGUAAAGGAAAGAAGGCAUCUGUGAAUCCAAAGGACAGCAAAGUGUCAGACAGCCCCAAACCUGAGAGACUAACUGAAUCCCCAAAUCCUGACAACAUACAGCCAGGGUCAGAGCAGUAUGAGGAGGCUAAAGCCUCUCUGCUGUACUCCUUCACCCAGCACUACAGGGAGUACACUGUUCCCUGCUACGUAUCGGACGGAGACCCUCCAGAGGAAGACCGACAGGCCCAGCCGGCAUGGAGUCCUUUCAACACUCUCUACUUGAAGCUGCAGUGUCCUGCUGUACAGCCCCCUCUAGUGGUGACAUCCAACAAUGGACACAAUGUCAUAGACUUCAAUCACGUGGCAGUAGGAGAGAAAGUGAUUAAAAGGUUUACAGUUCAGAACAUUUCAAAGGAAUCUUUGGACCUGAGGUCAUCGGUGUUGGACAUAUAUGGCCCCUUUUCCCUUCUCAAUGCUCUCAGAUGUAUAAGACCAGGAGAAAAACACACUCUGGUACUGGCCUUCAGUCCAACUCUUGAGAAAAAGCACUGUGAGACACUGGAGGUGCGAAGCAACAAGAUGAUCCUGGAGAUGACUCUGCGUGGGGAGGGUGUGGUCCCCGCUGUUACCUGCUCCCAUCCUGGAGGUCUCCUUGACUUUGGCUAUGUGCUGGAGAGGGAGAGCACCUCGCAGGUCCUGAAGCUGCAGAAUAGUUCGGUGGUGGCGGUGGGUUUCAGGCUGCUGCUGUCCAGUCUCGCUCCUUCCAGGCCUCAGGGUGGAGCUGACAAGGUGGCCUUCCUGCUGGGCAGCUACACAGACUCUCAGGUCCAGCCUACUGUGGGAACCCAGAGCCAUAGUGGGCUGAGUGUGUUCAGUGUGGUGCCAGUAGAGGGCAGCAUUGCUCCAGGACAGAGCCAGGACGUCACUGUCACCUUUCAGCCUGACCACCCGUCCGUCAACUAUUCCGACAGACUCACCGUAGAGCUCACAAAUAAGAGUAAAGUGUGUGUGAUUGAUCUGAGGGGUGCAGCCUCUUCACAUAACAUGUAUCUGCAUGGAGGAGACCUGCUGACUGUGCCCGUUGAAUCCCUCCUCCCUCCACUGAUAACAAGUCAACCUCAGCUUACAGAGUCUGAGGUGAUGGAAAAGCCCAGCUUCCCCGUGCUGGUGACGCUGCGGGCCAGCUACAGCGCAGGGACCAUCAAACCUGCAGUCAGAGAGCUGCAGGUGGGCUGCAUCCGCUCCACACAGCCCAGUAAGAAGAAUGGUGAGUUUCUCUGGGAUAAUGUGGCGUCUCUGCAGCAGCAGGGCUUCAGUGUGGAGCCCAGCAGAGGCAGCGUGGAGCCAGGCCACAGAUGCACCAUCACUCUCACAUGGACUCCCCAGAGUGGAUACAAGCCCUAUGAGGUGGUGCAGAUGUGUGUUCCUCUGACCUUAAAGGGGGAUGAGACAAAUGUUUACAGAGUCACCCUGAUGGCUUUGGUCUCCACCGCUGCUGUCUGACCUCUACCUGGAUACCGGCCAGUGCGAAACACACACACACUGGCACAAGAGACAAAGACACGUGAUAUAUUGUGUAUAUAUGUGGCCACCAUAACAAAUAAAUUCAUUAUUUAUGAUAUGAAUCUAGUUAUUAAAGGUGGAAUUAAUGAAGUUUGUCUGAGGAUCUGAGUUGAACCAAUUAUACAGACAGUAUAUCUUAUUUUGUCGUGUUGGUCUUAUACACAAUGCAGAGCAAAGUGGAAAGUCUAACAACCAGAAAUGAUCAUAGAAACAGAUUUUAAAGAAGGCUGCAGAUCGUUAUUUAAAUGUUUAUUCACUCUUUCAAGAACCAACAGACCACUUCUGAAAGACAGAUACAGACUCCUCCUUCUUUGUGACUUCAACUGAAAGAUUUUACUGUAAACUUAAACUGCCAGUCACAUUUAUAUCUACCGUCUAUAUGUACAGUGUUCACAAAUUAGACAUUUAUAUUAAAACAAUGUGUAUUACUGCAUUUUAUGUUUGCUUCAUCUCAGUUUUCACAACACGUGUUAAACCCUUAUGUUGAACUCAAAUUUUGUUGUCAAAGAAUAAGGAAUUCCCAUCAAAACAUAUAGUAUAUACAGUGUAUACUGUAGUAUAUAUAGAGAGAGAGUACAUAGUGGUCAUAUAGAUAAUACAAAUAGCACUGACAAAAACGUGCAACUUACACAGAAGUAAAUGUUAAAUAAUAAGUUACACAAAGGAAGACUGGAGGAUUUUUUAAAUUUUAUUUACUGAAUAUACUGUAAAUAUGAAGCCAUGAAUCUGACUGUAACACUACAGUAAACACUACACUCCGUUCUGUUCUCUAUCUACCACAAUAGACACCUAACAUUAGAUAUUUCAGUCACUCACUGAAAAUUCAGUAAGCUAAUACAAAGAUGCUGGAAAGCAUAAAACAGCAAAACACAACUGACACGACUGCAGCAGAAACUCAUUACAUUACAUGUUGAUAACAGAAGGAAAAAAACCGAGUUACUGUGGUGAAGUCAUUUGCAGUUAAGUUGAUUUAGUGUAUGUAAUGUUGCUCAUCUGGGUGAUAUUAAAAUGAGGAGAAAAUGCAAACAUUGAUAUAGUGAUCUGUAUUUUUAGUAAUAAAUGUUUGAACCGGAGAACUCUGAGACUUGAGCAUCUAAUUUUGAGUUUUGCACUUUGUAUGCACAGCAUUCGUGUUCAAAAGUAACAAUUUAGGAAGUCAGUUUUGCUCUUUUCAUUUAAAGUUUUGCACAGUGAAACUUCUUUGUUGUACAAAUUGAGCCAAAACAAUUGUGAAUUUCUGUAUUACUCUAUUACUUACCUCUUAUAAAGCUAGAAUUAUGAGGAGACUUUAAAAUCCUGCUGACCUACCGUAGCCUUUUACUCUAGGACAAAUCUUUUUGCAAUUUUUGAUGUUUGCCUUGAAAUGCAUGAAUUCCUCUCCAAUACAUUAGAGGAUGUUGCUUCCAAAGCAGAGGAAGAGCAACAAGAAGACCUCAGGUUUUGUACCUCAGCCUUUUAUAAAGUACCUGACUCCGCCACCAGGGGGUGCAUGUAGGGCCAAGUAAGCAGCGGUUAUAUCAGGGUUGGGUGUGUCAGUUGAUGUAAGCCAGCAGAUGUAUACAGUACAUACUGUAGCACUGCUGGUACUGUACUCAUGGAGUGAAUGGAGUUCAUACUGAGGUCAAACAAGGUGCAGUCUGUGAAAUAUGACACAGAAUGUGGAGCGAUAGAAAACAAGUGGUUUGGUACGAAAGCCUUUUGUGUGAAAUUACAUUGAUCAGGCGUAGACUGCCAUGUUGAUCUGUUAGUAUUAGAAGCAGCAUUUGCAGCUUUAGGCUGUAAAUAAUGAAUGGUAACUGUAGUAUCACCAAUAAUAGCAUAGUAGUGAGCUGAUGAUUUGUAUUUUUUCUAAAUAUUGUGUUCUUGUCAUGGGAAGAAAGGCAGUUAAAGAGCAUUUAGACCAUCAAAGAAUGUUAAAAGUGUCCAUUUAAAAACACAGUAAUUAAAUUGUUGGAAAGGCCUUAUUCACAGAAGACAUUAUGACAUGUACAGGUGUAAAUAAUAAUAUUAAGACUGAAUUCAGUUCAGCUGCUUCAGUUUCAGGGUCCUGGUAUUGUUCAUGCUGUCACUCUGUCAUGGUUUACUGGGACACUUGAAUGGAGCAGACUCAUCGUUAAUGUAAUCAGUGAUAUCUGUGCUUUUCCUGCUAUGACAAGUUUAAGUAUCUUUUCGCAGCAUAUUAGCAGCUUCAUUGAGGGAUUUUCUUUAUUUUUGCGGACACGAUGCCACUGAGUAAAAUCCUCACACAUCACACUGGAACAUCAUCCUGUGGCUGAAAUUUACUGGCUGAUAUUUGAUUGUUAAUGAAGGUAAAAACACAUUUCACCUGAUUUUGAGUCUGUCCUCAGAUGAUCACUCCCAUCCUGCAGGCCUGAGACUGGGCCUUCACUGCACUACAUGGUUGCACUUACAGUCCACAGCAGAGCGGGAGGCACCUGGUUUGUCCUCCAGCCAGCCUGCUAGACUCACCAAAACUCAGCAACCACUUACCUUAACCCCUAACCCCCUAAUCCUAACCCCAGUUAGCACGUCACACAUCUCAUAUAUAAUAUGUACAAUAAAUGUACACUAUAUGUUAUAAAGAA